UACCUGUUUUCACCUCACACGAGCACCUCACCGACUCCUGGUUUCGAUCACCGUUGGUUCGAUGUUUCGAUCAACGUUACUUUGGUUUCGAUUGGCGGCCAUUCGCGGUGACGUCGUUACGUCGGCGCGACGUCAUUCUUAUGAUAAUGAGCUAUUCAAAAUGGCGGCCGGGGGAGCAUUCUAGCUCGGUCCGCGGCGAGGAAUUUCGCUUCUUUUCUCACUCUGUGUCCGCGAAAAUAUGCCGAAAAGACGCAAUGGUGAAAUCCCACUACCUUCCGGAUGGGACAUAGGCACCGACUUCGACGGCAAGGUCUAUUUCAUCGACCAUAUCAACAAACAGACAACAUGGAUUGAUCCGAGAGACAGGUUAACAAAGCCCCAGUCGUUUGCCGACUGCAUAGGCAACGAACUUCCCUUUGGCUGGGAGGAAUGCUACGAUCAACAGGUCGGCGUGUUCUACGUAGACCACACGAACAAAACGAACCAGAUCGAAGACCCCCGGCAGCAAUGGCGGCAGCUGCAGGAGGCCAUGCUGAAGGAGUACCUGCUCACGGCCCAGGACGACCUCGCGGCCAAACGAGAGAUGGUUGACGUGAAGAACCAGCGGCUGACGCUGGCCCAGGAUGACUUUGCCCAGCUCUCCGGCACGCUGGCGGGGCUCUCCCUGCGGGCGGCCAGCUCGGCCGUGUCGCUCUCUUCUUCUACGGUGUCGGUGGCCUCCAGGGCCAGCUCCCUGGACCCCGACCUACUACGGUCCGACGUCGGCAGGGCCAAGCACAGGGUGGCGAGGCUGCGGCGGGAGCUUGACCAGGUACGCUCUGAGGUGCACCAGCGGGAGCAGGGCCUGGAGGCGCUCCGGAGGGUGGAGCAACAGUUCUGCGAGCUGCCGUCCGGCUACAGCCUGGACCAGGCCAAGGCGGUGCUUGAGGAGUUGUGCAACGUCCAGCGCUCCCUGGGCAAGGGCCACCGCGAGAGGGCCGACCUCCUGCAGAAACUGUGGCGGCUGAAGGAGGAGCUGACGCGGGGAUCGCCCGAGCCACUGCCGCGAGAGCGCCCCAGCACGGCCUCUCAAACGGACCUGUCCGGGGAGUUGGCGCCCCUCGGCGCCCGCCUGGCCGAGCUCGCGCGAACCCGGCUCAGCUACGACGAGGCCCGGAGGGAAGUCCAGCGGAUCCAGAGGGAACUGGCCGACCUCGAGGACCGCCUCUCUCCCGGCCAGGCGGAGUCCGAUCAGGACAGGCUGCUGCUGGUCCGGGAGAAAGAGCAGCUGCUGCACGAGCUGCGCGGCCGGGUGGGGCGGUGCGAUUCGGACGCCCUGUGGGAGGAGAUUGGGCGCCUGGAGCGGGACCUGGGGGACGCCCUGGAGUGCUCCAACCGGGCCAUCGCCGACCGGCUGCGCCUGCACGACCAGAAGCAGCAGCUCCUGCAGCAGCUCAGGGACGCCACCCGGCUCACGGCGUGCCUCGAGACGCGCAUGCAGAGUCUGUCGGCAAGCACGCUGUCGGCCUCGUCGAGCUCCUCGCUGGGCUCGCUGAGCACGGGCAGCUCGAGGGGCUCCCUGGCAAGCCUGAGCUUCCCGGACAUCUACGGGGGCUGCGUGGUGUUGGACGUGCCCUGCCGGGGACACCGGGGCUCGGGCUGCAGCCCUCCGCUCUCCCCACGCUCCUCCCUCUCCUCCCUGUCGCCCCCCGUGUCUCCACACUGCGACGGGUGCAAGGGGGUCGUGGAGGGUCUCAGGCCACGGGGUCCCGAGCCCCCCCUCAGCCCCAUCUGCGAGCAGGAAGGACUCAGGGCCGGGGGCGUCUCGGCCGCCGUCAGCGACGAGUCCGUGGCCGGGGACAGCGGCGUCUACGAGGCCGCCCCUCCCAGGCCAGGAGAAGAAGAAGACGAAGAAGAGGAGGACGAGGAUGACGACGACGAUGACGACGACGAUGAGGAAGACGACGAUCCCCUAGAAAAUUCCGAGCUCUCUGGCUGCAUCCACCUGCAGUUGAGGUUGCGGCAUUGUCCCGGGGACGGGUUCCUGCACCUGGGACUGGAGAGGGCCCGCCACCUGACCCCCGUUGCCAACGGUUCCUCAGUCUGCGUGCGGGCGACCGUGCUUCCCGGGGGCCCCGAGUGCGGCUGGCGGUCGUCCCCGUGGCUGCGUCUUCCGCGGAAGGGAGAGGAGGUUGCGGAGGAGGCGGAGGAGGAGGAGUCCCUUGGCAAGCAGGAGCUCCAGCUGCCCGUGGGGCCCCGCCUGGGGUCGGGACAGGUCCUGCAGCUGCAGCUCUGGAGCCAGAGCCCCCACAUGGUCCAGGAAUGCCUGGGCUGUGGUCAGCUACCCCUGUGCGGCCUGGGACCCUCGGCCGUGUGGCUUCGCUGGCUGGAGCUCCGCCCCCCCGAGACCGCCUCUGCCGCGAGGGACGAGAGCAGCGACGAGUCCACCGUCAUCUCUUCGCGGACGUCCACCCUCACCAGGAGUCCCGAGAUGCGUUGCCGCAAGGAUCCAGCGGACGAGCGGGGCGGCCGGCAGUCGCCCUCUCCCCUGGCGGAGGAGGAGGAGGCGGUCUCUCGCUGUGACAAAGAGACCAACACAGAGUGUGUGUUCCUGCCCGAGGGGCGGAGGGGCCGCAAGGGCGUGGCGGGAGACCCGGCGGCCGCGCUGCACGGUCCUCUAGCGCCGCAGGUCCCCGUCAAGAGGUCGCAGACCUUCGGGCCUGUGGGCCACCGCUACGUCUGCAGGUUGAAUCGCAGCGACAGCGACAGUGCCAUGCCAUUGUACCGGAAAAGCGGUCCCUUCCAAAGGAAUGCAAUGGAGCGCAGAAGCCUGCGCUGUAAAAAGGCGGCGGCUGCGGCGCAGGCGGGGGUGCAGCCUCCCAAGCGUCACAACGGCGGUCGGACCUCGCUGGACCUUGCCCUGGACCUGCAGGCUUCUCAGACGAGCCUCCAGUUGCUCCAGCAAGACCUCACGAGGCUCCGGGAGAUGAAGCGGCGCCUAGAAGACACAAGGGCGAGAGGUGAAACCGAAGUUCCGGCAUGGUUGGCAGACGACGAGCAGUUACGCCAGGUCUUGGCCGCCGCGGACCGUCAGGCCACCCGGCAGACGGUGGAGGAGAAGAAGACCGAGAAGUUGCUCAAGAAGACGUCGAGGGAAAUAUACCGGUUGCGCAAAAGCCGCAAAAAACAGCCGGACAUGGCUUUCUUCAGGGAGAAAAUGGCGUUUCUGACGAGGGCGCAGUCUUCCGUACCCACGCUGCCCCCAGAGUCGGAGGUCACAGAGCCACCCACCGUCGACGCAUCGGCCACCCCAGCGACACCGCGGCGCUACGAAUACACGGUGGACCCCGUGUUCGGAGUUCAAGUGUGACGACGACGCCACCGCAUGUGCCUCCAUCGCGGCCGACCUCACGGCCCCUCCGAUCAAACGUGCAGUCCCUGUUCCCGAAGGCGGAGCAGACGACGCACCAAGUGCCUCGCUCCGUUCUUCGGAGCUUGCCCUACGUACCUGAGACCUCUCGGCCGCCGGCCGCUCACGGCUGCGGCUCUGGCCGCGGCGCCCCGGUCCAAGCCGUGCCAAGCCUUGUCCAUCCGAGCCGGGCCAACGGCGCGUGGGAAGAGACUCUCCUGGAAGGGGGAACAGCAGCCCGGCUGCAUUUCCUGCGUGUCUUGUACCUCUUUACACCGCUGAAGAAGCUACUUCUGCCGACGUGCCUCCUGUAAAUUAUUUUGAAUGUUUUUUUUUUCUUUGUGAUAAAGUACAAAAAAGGGA